AUUGGUCACAUUGGUCAGGAUGCUGUCAUGCGCCUGAAUCGCAUUGCCAAAGGUGUCACUAUCCAAUCAUCUUCUCCACUGUCCCACUGUGAAUCCUGUAUCCUCACUAAGCAUCCAAGGCAACCUGUUUCAUUCCUCCAAGACCAACAUGCUGUUGCUUUCCUUGACCUCAUCCACAGCGAUGUUUGCGGUCCAAUUCUGACCAUCACACCACAUGGGAAACACUAUUUCAUCAUAUUUCUGGACAAC